AAUCCUUAUAAAGCCUUAAGAACGUAUUACAUAACAUUCCUCCUUAGCAGCCAGUACAGCAAACAGUACCGCGACUAAAUUACGAUCGGCUGUUUUCGGUUAAUCCGACGCUCUCGCUGCUUCCUGUCCGUUCUCCUCAAUUUACCUAACAUGACUAAGCUAAAGAAGAAGCAUCAGAAGGGGAUCUGUGUAGCCUUUCUUACACAGAAGCAGGCCAUGAGGCGUCUGCAGCUUAGCCUGCCGAACUUCAGACGAUUAUGCAUAUUGAAGGGGGUGUAUCCGACAGAACCGAGCAACCGAAAGAAAGUCGGCAAAGGAAACAGUCAGCCCAGAAUAUUUUACCAUGCGAAAGAUAUUGCUUUUUUGGCGCACGAGCCACUGAUUAAAAAGUUUCGUCUACUUCGCAUAUACUACACAAAACUAAAGAAAGCGCGGGAAAAGAAGGACAAAGAUAAGGAGUUUCGAAUCAGAGUGAAUAAACCACGAUAUUCUCUGACUCAUGUAGUCAAGGAACGCUAUCCCACUAGACGUGAUGCAUUGAGCGACCUAAGUGAUAGCCUUAAUCUAAUAUUCUUGUUCGCUCGUUUGCCGCGGCUUACCCAGUUCAGUCCAACUCUCAUUGCUCUUAGCCGCCGCCUGUGUAUAGAAUUCCUUAACUUUGUGAUUGCUGUGCAAGCCGUUAGGAAGGCGUUCAUCAGCAUCAAGGGUUUUUACAUCCAAGCUGAAAUUGAUGGAGUCUCAGUUGUUUGGAUUAUUCCACAUUCUUCUGUCACACAUACUCCUUCCGAUGUCGACUAUCGAAUACUCGCCACUUGUCUGGAGUUCGAUGUUACACUCCUGGGGUCUCUGUUAUUCGGUCUCUACAAGCAGCACGGUUUGUUGUACCCACCAAAGUUGGUCAAACAUUUUGAUCCGGAUCCGACCGCCUAUUAUUGCGGACGCAGCGAUAAUUACUUCGAAAUGCUCUCUUGUCUGUCAUUUCCAAUUAAACGUACACAGGAUUCAGAUUUAGAAAAUGCUCAGCUGGAAGACCUCAGUGAGCUUCAAGCAAUCGACGAUCAAGUUUCCAAGGCAGUAGACAAGCAGUUGAGCGAUCAACGUUGUCGCAAUUUAUUCCGGGGCAAGCGCGUCUUCCUGAUGCGCGAGGUUCCUCGAGAGGUUAUCUGUUUAAUCGUUCGUUCCUGCGGAGGCGAGUGUUCUUGGGACAAAACAGUUGGCCCUGGCUCCACUUUCGACGAGGAUGAUCCUAGCAUAGAUUACCAAAUUGUGGAUCGUCCAGUUAUUGAAAUGAAAGUUACAAAAUACUACGUCCAGCCUCAAUGGGUUUUCGACAGUCUAAAUGCCGGACGUUUGCUUCCCGCUCAGGAUUAUCUUCCCGGAGUUUCCCUACCACCCCAUCUCAGUCCUUUCGUUUCUGGAUCCGGACUUCAAGAGUCACUGACCGGUUUGCCUGAGUUGACUUUAAGUCAGAGAGGCAAUCUAACUGGAGUGGCACCAGGAUAUGGCGAGGGUGCUGCCCUGUACCGUCCACCCGAAGCCGAUUACCUUGCUGGUUUGGUUAGCCUCGCGGAGUUGCGUGGUGAUGCUAUCAGGGCUCAUGCGGAUGUACCUGAUGCGAAGAAUGCCGGAUCGCUUAAGCGGCCAUCCUCAACUUCCGACUCAGAACACUCCGAUUCACCUGAUGCGAAUGCUGAAAAGCCGACCAAGAAACGAGCUACAAAAUCUGCUCGAAGUGAGGCGCUUAAGAAGCUCGGCAAAGGCGAGGAACCGGUGAUCAUUCCCGGUCGUCUCGAAAGUGAUAAUGCCAAGGCGAAUCAGAAACGGGCCGAGGCAAACCAGCAACGGAAAAUGCGGGAGAUGCUGCUUCCGAAGAAGCACCGUAAUGCCUAUAAGAAGAUGGUGCAUUCGAUCAAGCGGAAAGAAAAAGAAGUGCGACAACUCACGGAGAAACGUCGCACCGCAGACGCCAAAAGAAAAGCAUGAUUCACCGGGAAGCGACAGUUGUACACACAUCUGAUAAGAAUAAACCAAUACCAUUGUAC